GUGAGUCAUAUGUCGCAUAUGUUGGCAAGGGCAUCGUGGACAUUGUGCAGAAUGAGGUGUCCAAGCGGGCAACCCCCAGCUUGACGGGUUUCAACGAUCGAGAGCGAUUGUUGGGAGAUGUGGCGUUAGCACAGAUCCGCUCCAAUGCCAAGAACACCUGCAGAAACUUCAAACAUCUGCUGGGACGAAAGUUAGAAUCGCCAGAUUUGCAGAAUGAGCAUUUUUGGUCCACCUCAGCCUUGUGUGAGUGUGACGACGGCUUCGCAGGGUACAGCGUCACCUACAAGGGUGAGGCCAGACAGAUGACCUCCACGCAGUGCACGGCCAUGUUCCUCACUAAGCUCCGAGAGAUUUCGGAGAAGUGGUGUCAAGCCAAGGUGCAGGACGUGGUUAUUGCAGUGCCCUCCUCGUUCUGCGAUGUUCAACGUCAGGCGGUUCUAGAUGCGGCCCAAAUCGCCGGCCUCAACAUCUUGCGCGUCAUGAACGAGCACACGGCCACAGCCUUGGCCUAUGGCAUUUAUCGCUCCAAUGACUUCGACCCGGAGAAGCCCAUGACCGUGGCGUUUUGCUCCAUGGGGCACUCCAUUUUCUCCGUGAGCAUUGUCCAAUUCGUGCGUGGCAAGCUGCACGUGCUUAGCGAGACCUCGGAUCGGGUCGGAGGUCGUGACAUGGACGAGUGCUUGAUGCGGGAGUUCGCCGCGCAGUUCCAGAAGAAGGUGGGAUGUGACCCCCUCAGCAACAAGAAGUCGGCCUUCAAAUUAGAAGAUGCCGUCACGAAGUGCAAGAAGGUGCUCAGUGCCAAUAGUGAAGCCAACAUGAGCGUCGAAUGUUUGAUGGAGGAUGAAGACUUCCACAGCCAGAUCGGCCGAGAGGACUUUGAGAAAAAGUGUGCACCGCUGAUGGAACGCUGCAAGGCCGUGCUCCAAAGCGCCAUCAAGGCAUCCGAAGUGCCGCUGGAUCAGAUCGAUAGUGUGGAGAUCGUAGGAGGUGGUUCUCGUGUGCCUUGGGUGAAGCGACUCUGUUCUGAAGCCUUCGGCGGGAAGGGUCUCUCCACCACCAUGAACCAGGAGGAGAGUGUGGCAAGAGGAUGCGCUUUACAAGCUGCCAUCCUGUCACCUUUGUACAAGGUUCGGGACUUCGAUGUAAAGGACGUGUCCCCCUUCGGCGUCUCUAUCAGUUGGCUGGGCCUGGGAGGUGAUACUCCACCCAUGGAUGGAGCCGAGAAAGAGCCCAAGGAGGAGAACGGUGAAAAGAAGGCCGUCCUCUUUCCGGCUGGCUCGCAGAUGAACACUGUGAAGAUGCUGACCUUUUACCGGAAGGAGCCCUUCGACCUCUCGGCAGAGUUCACUGAGGACGCGCCGCUGCUGCCCAUGACGCCGCGGAGCCUGGGGAAGUUUCGGGUGGAGCUUCCGCAGCAAACGGAGAAGAAAAAGGUGAAGGUCAAGGCCAGGUUGACCCUGCAUGGUACCUUCACCAUCGACUCCGCGCAGAUGGUGGAAGAGGAGGAGGUGGAGGAAAUUGUGCGAGAAAAGCGCGAGCUCCCCCCCGAGCCUGAGGAAGUCAAAGAGACCAAGGCGGUGCCCGCGGAGGCAACGGCGGACGCGGAUACGGCGCCGCCGGCGCCCGCGGAGAACGGCGCGAAGACCAUGGAGACCGAGACCUCGGAGAACGUGGAGAACGCGGAGGACGAGACCAAAGAGGCUGAUGGUAAUGGAGAUGCCAAAGAAGAGAAGGAGAAGGAUGAAGCCAUGGAGGAGGAGACAUUGGAGCCAGCCCCUCCACCCAAAAGGAUGGAGCCCAGAUUCGAGUGGGUGGAGGUGGUGAAGAAGCGGAAGCUCACCAAGACCAGUGACCUGCGGAUUUCGGCCACCGGCCGCCCGGGGCUAUCUCCAGAGAUCCUGCAGCAACGGCAGGAUGAGGAGACGCAGAUGCAGGCAGAAAUGCGAGAAAUCAUCGAAACCGAUGAGAGGAAAAAUGACUUGGAGGGCUACAUCUUCAAUGCCCGCGCCAAGAUUGGGGACGGGGGCGACUGGGUGCCCUUUAUCGCGCCAGAUGAUCGGCAGAAGUUCGAGCAGGAGCUUCAGAAGGCCGAAGACUGGCUUUUCGAUCACUUUGAUGGAACAAAGAUCCAAUUCAUCGACAAACUCGACGAGUUGAAGGCCUUGGGUGAUCCUGUGCAGUCGAGAUGUAAAGAGUCCGGCAGUCGCGAGGAAGUGCUGCGCGGGGUACGCAGCAACGUGAGCAGCUACCGCCAAGUCGCCGCAGCGCCGGGCGAGAGGUAUGGUCAUAUCGCCAGUGAGAAGCUGGAGAAGAUCCUGGCGGCCUGUCAGGACUUUGAGUCGUGGCUCAAUGAGCUGCAGCAGAAGCAGGAGGCCAUGCCCAAGUACCAGAAGCCGAUUUUGACCUGCACGGAGAUGGAGAAGAGGAGUCAGGAAUUGGCCAAAACGGCAGAUGAGAUUUUGAGAGAGCCAAAGCCCAAAGAAGAGCCGAAAGAGAUUCAUCUAGAUGAAAAAGAUGAAAAGGAGGUGGAACUGUUGGACGAAGAAAAGGCAGUGGACGAAAAAGAGGAGCCUGCGAAAGGCGACGAGCCUCGAGAUAUGGAAGUCGACUGA